AUUGUUAGUUUGACAACUUCAAGUUCUAGCUUUUCACAUUUUACAAGAAAAAUCUUGAAUAGGACAAUAUCUCUUUCAUUUAGCUUUUUAGGUAUAAUUAUUGUAAAGCUAUUUUAAACCAAUUGGUCUGUUUAUAAUUGAAAUGUUUUUUAAUUUGUAAUUGAUAGUGAGAUGUUGGAAACUAAAAAUAGAUCUAGCCGUAGAUAGUUCACAACUCUUUCGCAUUGUUAUGGUAAAUCGGUGUUAAUAUUGAAGACAAUAUGGGGAAACGAGAAGAUCCCCUGUGGAAACUUACCGCCGCUCGAGAACGUGAUGGCAUAUCAAGAAAAUUCCAGAGCCGACUUACCGUCACCCGUAACUUAGUAGACAGACUUGGUCUAGAAAAAGAGCUCCAUGGGCAUAUGGGUUGUGUAAACUGCUUAGAAUGGAGCAAAGAUGGAUCUGUGCUGGCAUCGGCAUCCGAUGAUCUUCAUGUAAUACUGUGGGAUCCAUUUCGGUAUAAGCAACUACAUAAUAUUACAACUGGACAUACAGGAAACAUAUUUUCUGUAAAGUUUCUAUCGCCGGACAUAGUAGCAACAUGUGCUGCAGAUGCAUCAGUGAGAGCUCGCAAUAUUUAUGGUGGUACAUCACUUUUAGAAUGUGCCUGCCACAGUGCCAGAGUUAAGAGGCUGGCAGUUGCCCCUGAUAAGCCUCAUCUUUUGUGGUCUGCAGGAGAAGAUGGUUUGAUUUUACAACACGAUCUCCGUAUGCCUCACCGCUGCAACUCGGACUGCAGUAAUGUGCUAGUCAAUUUGCUUAACCACAUGGGUCGGUACGCGGAGGCCAAAUGUCUGGCUGUGAACCCGCGCCGGCCAUAUCAGUUAGCCGUCGGUGCUAAUGACUUUUACGUACGACUAUAUGACACUAGGAUGAUAAAACUUGGAAGGUUGCAGGACUUUCAAAUGAACGCGCCCAUGUCUCGCCUAAUGUGGGAACGUCAGAACGUUCGAUGUUCCCGUGCGGGUCAGGGCGACCCCGAUAACAAUAUACCGCGCGCUGCCGUGCAGUACUUCGCGCCCGGUCACUUGUCAAUGGAGCCGCAAGAGCACACGUUCCCGAAGAAAGCGGCCACUUACAUCGCCUUCAGUCACGACGGAAAUGAGCUUCUAGUCAAUUUAGGCUCAGAACAGGUAUACUUAUACGAUAUAAAUUCUUCUCGGCGGCCGGUGCUUGUAGAGAGUUUUAUAAUUCAACACAAUCAUGGCUAUCGUGAGGGGGAGAAAGGGAAGAAUGGGACGAGUGAGGCUAAAAAUGGGACCAACAAUGGGACAGUGCCAAAGGACGGUGGUAAUGGUACUGUGGACCAAAACUUGCCGGAUAACGUUAGACAGAUGAAGGAAGCGGCAAAUGAUCUCGUGAACAAAAGCAACUACUCAGGCGCAGUGACCCUUUACAAUCUGGCGCUAGCCGAGUGUCCCGACUGUGCCAUUCUCUACUCCAAUAGGGCCGCUGCCCUCAUGCGAAGAGGAUGGACCGGCGACACAUACGCGGCCAUACGCGACUGUUACACAGCCAUAAAGCUAGACUCCACUCACGUGAAAUCUCACUUCCGCCUCGCGAAAGGCUUGAUGGAUUUAAAAAGGGCACGCGAAGCCCACGAGUGCCUGCUUUAUUUCAAAGACAAGUUUCCUAAACACGCGACUAGUCAUGCGGUGUUCUUAUUACAAAAGGAUAUUGGAGAAGCUCUAGAGUCUAUGGAAACUCAGCCGGAUGAGGCUACUGAUGAAGAAGGCCAAGGAGGAAGUGCCUUAGAGCGUCAACUUCGCAGUUCCGCGUUGGAUUAUUCCAGUCGCUUCUUGGGCCAUUGCAAUACGACCACAGACAUCAAAGAAGCCAAUUUCCUUGGACCCGAUGCCAACUAUCUCGCUGCUGGCUCUGAUGACGGCAGUAUGUUCGUAUGGUGUCGUCGUUCGGGCAACAUAGUGCGAUGUCUUCGGGCGGACGAGUCCAUUCUGAAUUGCGUGCAGCCUCAUCCCACAUUGUUCCUUCUCGCAACUAGCGGCAUCGAAGCAGUUGUACGGCUAUGGAGUCCAGCACCUGAGGAUGGCAACACUGAAAGUCGAUUAGUGGACGGUUCCACAGCAUCAGCGGUAAAUCAGCAGCGCAUGCGCAGCGAUCCUUUCGAGGCCAUGCUGCUCAACAUCUCCUUCGCUGGUGGACCAGAGAGGGACAUCCAGUCGCCUGUUUGCCGUGCCACGUAGGAGAAGGACAGUCAAAGAUAAGAGUCGAAUGUAAAUAAUUGUAAUGACUAUUUAUUUGCUCAUAAUGUUGACACAUUCGAAUAACAAUACUGUAGAAACGUGUGGCUUAUCGUGAUCCUUCAAUUAAUAGCUUUUGUAAUUGUUUAGCAAAAAUUUUAUAGUUGGUUUCCACUCCACUUUGUGGAGUUUUCGUAGAAAAAAUAUUAAGUAAAUGUGUACCAUCAAAUUAUUGUGUUAAUGCUAAUUCAAAAAUUCUUCAAGCUCUCAUAGCUUAAAUAGAAUACACACAUUAAACCCUUUAUAAUAGUUAGCAAAUUUCAUUUUUUUUAAUACACUUUCCCAUCACCUGGGAAAUUGCUCACGAAAAUUUGAGCAAUUCCCAUUUACUUUA